CUGCCCGGGCUGCGGGGGCCGGCGGGCUGGCGUAAAAGCGUGCGCUUCCCCCCGCGCCGAAGGGCAGGUGGCGGCGACCCGCCAUGGAGAAGGCGGCGGCCGCGGAGCUCCGGCAGGGCGCGCUGGUGCCGCUCACCGCCAUCUGCCUGGUGAAUCUCUUUCUGACUGGGAAAACAGAAAGUGCUGUUACCUCAUUAGUUGCUUGCAGUGGAGAACUCGAACAGCACACAGAGAGACGGGGAGUCAUCUAUAGUCCUUCCUGGCCUCGAAACUAUCCUCCAGCAGUAAACUGCAGCUGGUACAUUCAAGGAGAUCGUGGAGACAUGAUAACUAUUAGUUUUAAGAACUUUGAUUUGGAAGAAUCUCAGAAAUGUGCGGUAGAUUGGCUGAUGAUUGGCCCGUCUUCCAAGAGAGAGGAGUACAAAGUGUGUGGAUCUUCCAUACCUCCAUCUUUCAUCUCUGCAAGGGAUCACGUUUGGAUAUUUUUUCACUCAGAUGCAUCAAGCUCAGGACAGUCUCAGGGAUUUCGCCUUUCUUAUAUUAGAGGAAAGAUUGGUCAGGCUGCAUGCCAGUCGGAUGAAUUCCAUUGUGCAAAUGGGAAGUGUAUUCCCAGUACUUGGAAAUGUAAUUCCAUGGAUGAGUGCGGGGAUAACUCAGAUGAGAGAAACUGCACUGUCCCUCCAACAGAGCCUCCAUCCAGCAUCUGUCCCUCAGGAACGUUCCAGUGCAGCGUAGCCCGCUCCACCAAGUGCUUGAUGAACGAGCUGAGGUGUAACUCAGUUAAAGACUGCAGUGAUGGUUCAGACGAAGAUAAUUGUCCUGAUCUUUCCUGUGGCAAAAAGCUGGGUAAUUUUUAUGGAUCUUUUGCUUCCCCAGAUUUAUUCCGUGCUGAUCACAGCAAAUCAGACCUUCGUUGCACAUGGUACGUGGAUACACAAGAUAACCGACAUGUUCUGUUGCAGCUUGAUUUGCAGUUAGGCUACAAUGACUACGUGAAGGUGUAUGAUGGCAUUGAAGAGAGAGGCGAUAAAUUGCUGCAAACAUUUUCAUUUCACAACAAUAGGCAUCCAGUGAGUGUGGAGUCAUCAAAGGGCCAGCUCACUGUCUCAUAUCAUGCUCGCUCAAAGAGCACUGGCCAUGGGUUCAAUGCAACCUACCAGGUGAAAGGCUAUUGCCUUCCUUGGGAACACCCCUGUGGAAGUGAUGAGGAGUGUUUCACAGAUAAGCAACAUUGUGAUGGCUGGUGGCACUGUCCAAAUGGCAAGGAUGAGGAGAACUGUCCAGCUUGUCAGAAGAAUGAAUAUCCAUGUGAAGGAAACAGUGGGCUUUGCUACUCAAUACUGGACCGCUGUAAUAACCAAAAGAACUGCCCAGAUGGCUCAGAUGAAAAAAACUGCUUUACUUGCCAGCCAGGGAACUUCCAUUGUGGCACAAAUCUGUGCAUCUUUGAGACUUGGCGCUGUGAUGGCCAAGAAGACUGCCAAGAUGGAAGCGAUGAACACAACUGCCUGGUGAUUGUUCCCAGGAAGGUCAUCACGGCUGCUCUGAUCGGGAGUCUCGUGUGUGGCCUGCUGCUGGUGAUAGCGCUGGGUUGUGCAUUUAAAUUAUAUUCUCUAAGGACCAGAGAAUACAGAGCAUUUGAGACCCAGAUGACACGACUUGAGGCAGAGUUUGUGCGGCGAGAAGCUCCACCUUCCUAUGGGCAGCUGAUUGCACAAGGACUGAUCCCCCCAGUCGAAGACUUCCCUGUGUACAAUGCAUCACAAGCCUCCGUGCUGCAGAACAUCCGAACAGCCAUGAGGAGGCAGAUGAGACGUCACUCGUCACGACGAAGCUCGUCUCGGCGGCGCCUUGGCCGACUCUGGAACAGACUCUUCCACAGACCUCGGGUGAGAGGACAGAUCCCGCUCCUGACGCCUGCCCGCACUUCGCAGACAACGUUGGGUGAUGGAAUCAUCAACCAUGCUGAUGGGACUACUGGGAGUCCUGUGCCUUCACCUGAAGGACCUAGUGUAGAGGCGGAUGCCCAUGCCAGUGGCCUACAAGAAGCUGGAUGUAGCAGCUUGCAGCCAGAGACUGAAAUCACAGAGCCAUCACCUUCGAAUGUCUUAGAGAACACUUGCACAGCUGCGCAAGCAGAGCCUGAGUCUGGACGUGCUGAUAAAUCCUUAGGUGCUGAGACCUCAGGCAGUGAGCUCAAGCAGCCCAGUAAAGUGGAUUCAGGAAAGGCUUUCAGAGAUCCUUUGUCUGAAAGAGUCACAGAAACGAUCCAUGGAGGGUCAGCAUCCAGGAGGACUGUCCCAGAGGGCAGUAAUUUAAGUAGAAGUCAUUUGCCGAGUGAAGAGCCAUGUAGGUUGCCCUUAAAAAAGUGGGAGUCUGCUUAUUCAGACAGCCCUGUGAAUGUUCAUAUACAAGUGGAUGGACAAAACCGGUGUUGCCCUAACUCUCAUCGGGAGGAGCCUUUGGGUAUUCAUGCGGCUUGUUGCCAUUCUGUGGAAGUGCCAACAUUAGAGUCCUCUGCUCCCCUCUCUGAAAUCAAUACAAGUGAUGAUGAGUCUUUACUUGUUUGCUAGUAGAAGCUUUUGUUUUGACCCUGUAAAUUUUGUAACUUCAUUGUUUAUAUGACCGUGCACUUUGAUUUCAGGUGGUUUGUGCUCUCAGCUUUGUCCAUCAAAACGAGUGUGCUUUACUCCCCAGGGAGUCCAGUGCAGGACUAAAUGGGACAAGUUUUUCUUUGUUGCUAUUCCUGAAACUCCAGUAUGGCAGAAGUAGGCCAGUACGUGAUGUCAGGGGCUAGGAGAGCAAGAAUGUGUCACUGUAGUUGGGAGGCAUCUCCGCUGUUUAUUUCUUCUGUGCUUUAUUUACUUUGCAUUCAGGGAAUUUGUAUUUCUUUACUUUUCAAGUGGUCUUAUGGAAAUUAACGCUGUUGGAACUUGGGGCAGGCACCAGUUGUGACUGUGAGUACCAGUCUAGAAAUAACAUUGUCCUUUUAGGCGUCGUUAUUUAACUAAAAUUUAAUAACUAAAUAUCAUUAAAAAAUUGUGGGAGGAAAUAAAAUCCUUUGUAGUUCCCUAUUUCUAGAAGUUCCUUGCUUCCUUUGCUCCCUUCAGAAAUGUUUUGAUGGCCAUAUAGAUCUUGAAACAUCCACUAGAACCAAAGUUUCUGUAUAGAGUAUUCAGAAUAUUCCUGUCUGCUGUGGCUUUGUAGUAAGAGAUCAGCAGUGUUCAGUACAGAUGAAAUGCGUUGGACCUCAUUUGCAACAAUAUUUUUUAUGUUGUCAUAUGUUACUCUUUUCAAAGAGACAGUGCAGAGGCUGAAGAAUCGCUUGCUGUCUUCCUACCCUUUUUCCUCUCCUCCCUUCUGAUUUCAGGGACUUUUAUGAUUAUCCCACUCUGGUUGUGCUCUGAAGGUUUCUGAGGCUUCACAGCUGGCUGCGAUAGGAAGCACUGAGCACUUGGUAACUGUCAGGACUGGACUCUUUAUUUUGUAAUAAGAUCUACUUCACAAGUUUCGUUAUAAAUCUGCUACCUAGGUGCAGUUUUUUGAAACUUUUUUUUUCUAGAAAAUUUUAGGGGUUUGCUUUUACUUUCUGUUAAGGACUGAAGUAGGACAGUGCCAGUUUCAAAGCUGACACAGUGUGACUUGUAUACUGCUUUAAACUGGUGCUUUUUUUUUUUUUAGAGUGCAAUUAGAAGCAAGCAAGUUAUUUACCUGGAAGAAGGGUGAUAUUGCUUAAGCAGGAGUGACCUGGUGCAGAAUCACAGCUGGUUAUGGUCUAAUAGUUUGGCCCUGCUACGAUGGAUGGGAUGGUGCCAUGAACCAGCAUGGGCUGGGCUCCCCCAUGCCCUUUUAGGAGCUCUGCUUCAGUCCUCUGGUGAGGCAGUAACAAACUAAAAUGCUACAUCCAGAAAUUAACAAAGAAGUUAUCUCAGCUGCUCGUCUGUAAGUAUCCAAGUGCUCUUUAAUGCUGUAGGAAUUCAAGUUGCCUGAAAUUAUUAAUGGUGACUUGAGCUUGUAAAGCUGGGGUGGACUUGGGUGUCUGUAGAAGUGGGGUGUGCUGUCUGCAGCCCCUCCUGGCUGCAAAGGCACCCAGGCUUUUGCAGUGAACAGUUUACAUUGAAGAAUCAGCGAUGUUUUUAAAUGGAUUGUAUGUGCCCUGAAUCUUUGGCUAGGACUCCCAUUGGGAGUGCUUUAAAAAAAAUGAGGAGUAAGAACUUUGGCUUUACUGAAAUAUAAUGUGAGAGAAUGACUUCAAAAUUUCUUUUUUGUCUUCAGUUGCAAAUUGGUUUCAUAGUGUGUUUUCCAGAGGCAGAAGGUUCAAAGUCUAUAAGAGCAUAGGAAGGAUUGUAGCAAAAUGCAUAAUGAGGAAGAGUCAUGGUUGCAUUAAGUAAGUACUAUUCAUGCAUUUCUUUCCAAGUGCUUUUGUGAUCAGAAUUCAUUUCAUCAAAGGAAAUGAAGCUUUGAAAGAGAUAUUAAUUUCAUAGCUUUUAUAAACAUUUUAGGUACAUUCCACCUUGGCCAUGUACUGUAGUCAUCACGCUUGUUUGCAUCGAAGGCUGCAGGUUUUAAUGUUGUCUUUUUUUCCUAAUGGUAAUUUUAAAUACUUAAAAGUUUUAUUUGUAGAACAGCAAAGUUAAUGGGGAGGAGGAUUGUUUCAGGGUUAAUAUUGUGAUGAUAUGAAAGACCUUCAGAAUAAGUGUAUAUUUAACUAUCUUACAGAAAUGUAUUACUAUAGGAAAAAUAAUUUUGAUCAUACUAUGCCUUAAAUUAUCAUCACUGUAAGGCUCUUGAAGUUGAAAUAUGUUGAAAUGUUAGAGUUGAAUAUAUACUUCAAAUUACUGCUGUAUUCUGGGAACAGCCCUGAACUGUAUUUUCUUUUAAGAUGUGUAACUUAGCAUAAUUUCUUACAUAUAUGAUGCAUAUUUUGUGUACUGAUCCAUUUGGUAACUCAGCAGAAAUUUCAGCAAGAAGGUUUUAUAUUUAGAAACUGACAAAAAUCCAGGUUAAUGAAAAUUUGAUGCUUGAAGUGUACAGAAAUAUUCACAGCCAUCACUGCUGGAAUUUACAGCCUUGCAUAAAUGAGACAUACAAGCCUGGUGCUUUUGUAAACACCUAUGUUUUGUAUUCUGCAAUAGAGUAUUCUCUCCUAGCUCCCCUAGUCCAUUCCUUGGAGAAAAGAGUCAGUUUUGCAGAAGAAACCUGUACAUGUGUGCUGUGGGCACAAACACAUUGUGUUGAAAUGUCGAUAUGUGAAGGAAACCUCAGAGUCUGCCGUAGUAUAUGUCUGCCCCUCGUUUCUCCACCACUUAUAAGCAUUAAGCAGAGAAUCAUCUGUCACUGAAGUUCACCCAGCUUCUGUUCCAUGCAAGCUGCCUCCUUAUAUUCACAACUUACUGAAAAAAAAUAAUGGAAAACUGCUACUAUGCCAGAAGUGUUAACAGGAAAAUCUCAUUCUUUGCUCACUGGAAAAUACAGUCACACUUCAAUGACUAUAUAACCUAAUGAGCUAAUAAAUUUAUCUUUUGAAAUUUUUUGUAAUAAUGCUUUUCUGCAUUGUUUAAAUAUUUUCACAGGAGGGAAAAAGUAUUUAAGAUUUAAAAAAAAACAACAACAAAAAAAAAAAACGCCAGAAAGCCCUACAAAACUCCAACCUCCCUAAAAAAAAAUAGCUUCCUAAAAAUAACUCUAAAUAGAGAGGACUACUUAAGCCUUUCCCUGAUCUAAGAAGAAGGAAAGCUUACAGGCAGUGCAAUGGCAAAAGUGCUCUCUUACUCUGUUAUUGCUAUUAAAACAUGGGGUGUAUUUCUAUUUGAAAUUGCAGCACUUUCCAGCUUGUGUAUGACUCUGUAACAUCCCUUAAAUGUACUUGUUUUCUAUUCUAUGCCUUUUUUGUGUGUGUGUGUUGUAUAUAUCCACUGAAAUACAUUUUGCCAUAAUGAAUGUACAGAUGUAUGGUUCAGGUAUGGCAUCGUGGUUACCAGUGUUUGCUGGUUCCUGGACAAUGAUACUAUACAAGUAAGAUGCUGGGCAUCAUCAUACUUUGCUCUUGCUUCAAUCUCUUAAUUUUUAAUAAAAUUGAAUGUGUCCAGAGACUGUGGAUUUCUGACUGUCACUUGAGGGUGCCAUUCUGUAAGCACUACCCACUGCUGACUCCAUAUGUUAAGUUGGUUAUGAUCCUUCAGUGUGAAGAUCUGAAGGUGGUGUGUGGUUUUGUUUUUUUUUUUUUUCCCCUAGCUGCAAGCUUUUUGCUGGUAUCUGAAGCUGCAGAUGUGCAUCAUUUUUUCUGGAAAGUACACAUGAAAUCUUGCCAAUAGCUAUUUCCUGUUGUAUACAGAUGUCUUUAAAAGACACAUACGUAUACCCCAAAUAACAAAACAUAGCCAUGGAGUAUAUGAUUCUUUAUGACUCUGUUACAGAGAAAAAACAGACAAAAAACCUUGUUCCUAAAAUAUGGCACCUCUCUACCAAUUGCUGGGGGCUGUGCUUGUUUUGCUGAUGCUUCCUCUCUCUGGUGUUUGCUUAUCUCUUUGGAGGGAACCGUUGGCUCUAUUCUGUGUUGGGUUUGUUUUUUUUUUUUCAGUAGAAGGCAGAGGCUGAGUUCUUUUGUGUUCGCAGAGGUUUGCUCUACAAGCUUGGAAAUAUUUAUCUGUGUAGUAGGGAAUUGGACAGACUUCAUGAUCACCAGAAUUUAUCCAUAACCAUGAAAGAUAGAAGGGCACGGCUUGAUACAGAGGGCUAAUUCCGCCUCACCUCAUAGAAAGGGUGAUUGCUUUGCUUCACUGUGAAGUGCCAAUUCAGCUUCGAUAACAGCAACACAGGCAGUAAUACUACAACCCUAAUAUUGAUGUAAAUGAACAGAGCCCAUAAAAGGGAAGUGGAAUAAUAAAUGAUACCUGUGCACUUGCAGCAGUGUUUGCUGACAGCCUGUGUAGCACAACAGAUGUGUCUUGUGACAAACCAAGGAGCUGGCUUGAAAACUUUUAAGUAAUUUAUGCAUUUCUUUUAACAGAUUUUUGAGAGAAGAAUUGCUUUUGCUUAUUUAAGAACAGGAAGCAUCUUUUCAUCUCCAAAUCAGGUGGUAGGAUCUAGAUGAAGCCUAUCUAUCCAUGACCCAAACUUUCCAGGUAGCGCACCUCAUCUCACGUCUCUUUGUUAGUCUGUUAGCAUAUUGUUAAAUAAGCCACCUUAAAUAAGACACCUUCUCAUUUCAGAUUCUGCCUCUUGUGUUCUUGGCUACAGGAAUUAAAUGGUCUUCAGGGCUGGACUGACUGGUGGAAGUUUCCUUUUUUUGCAGUUCAUACAUUUCCUGCUUCGUUGUUCCUUCCAGAUUUUCUUCUUGUCUCUUACCUGAGAUCUUUAAGACAUUGAUUUUUGAUCUCUAAUAAAAACAAUGUCUCUUGCCUGCUUUCAAAUCUUUUUCCUUGGAUUUUCCGUUUUCAUUUGUCCAAGUGCAGAAGUUUCUUGCAUAGUUGAAGUGAGAGCACCAGUGAGAAGUGUUGAGGAAUGAGAAGUUUUAGAAUGAAACAAAAGGUGCUUUGCUUUUAGUAACAGGAAACAGUUGCUGCUCCACACACGGGCCUGCUCCCAAGCAAGAAGCCAAAGCAGUCAGAACUCUGAAGAUUUAGGAAAAGACAAAUUCCAAGCAAGGCUUACCCUUGACUCUUUUUUUUUUUUUAAUGAAGCUUUCAUUUAUAACACAUACUCAAGAAACAUUUAGAUACAGCAUUGAGAGACAUGGUUUAGUGGGGUUAUUGGUGGUAGGUGGAUGGUUGGACUAGGUGAUCUUGUAGGUCUUUUCCAACCUAGCUAAUUCUAUGAUUCUGUGAUUCAGCAGCUCAGUAAUUUCUGUCUUGUCAUUCAUUUGUCUCUCAAAAGAGCCAAAAAGAAAGUGUAUUUUGUUUCCACGGUUUCCAGAAUUUGCAAAUUAGAGAAUGAAAAAUGAGAAAAUCUUUCCUGAAGACCUGAAAACUGUGUGGGACAGCAUAUCAUUGAGCUUGGCUAAUGAAAGCUUGUUUGUGUCUCUUUCAAUACAUACUUGUAAAAUUACUUCUAAUUAAUAUGCUUGUGUAUGGAAUGUUAAAUACACAGUGACUCACGAAUCCUUUCUGAGUUGGGUAAAAGCUCUGAACUGAUAUGAGUGUUCUCACUUGACCCUGCUGAGUUCAAGGUCUUUUGCUUUAUGUACUUGUGUCAACUGAAAACAACCAAUUCCUGUACCAAGGUCAUGAAAACAUUUCAGAGCAGUGGGGCCUGCAGCAGCAGCUGUGCUGCGCAGCUCUGCCUCAUUAGCCCUGUGCUUUCCUGCCUCUGCCCCCGCAGCUCCUGUUGCCUAUUGGAUGCCAUCUUACUUGGGAGGUGGACUGUUUUCCCAUUUUUGUGUGCACGGUGUGGUGCGAUGACAAUGUGAUCUGCAAUAAUCAUACAGUGAUAAUGCAAUAAGAGCAAUCCAAUAUAACUCUUACUGGCUUCAGUCUCAAAAGCUAACUUAAAGGUGAUACUUUUCUAAGUAUUUGCAUUAGCUCUAUUACCACUGCAAAAUUCAUGGAAUGGUAUUGCCAGCACUAAAAGAAUGAACAGCAGAGUAUUUUUCUGCAUUAUAGCCUCUAAUAAUUUGUGUGUGUAUACAGCUACGUAAAUAUGAUUGUAUAUAAAAUACAGGUUUGUGUAGAAAUGGAUUGAUUUUAAAGCUUUGUUUAAACUCAUUUUAACACCACUGUUCCUAUCAGUGUUAUUCAGUUAAGGUGGUGCCAGUUUGUUUUGUAUGGAGAUGACUGUAAAAUUGUAUGAAUUGGUUCCAGAGAACGACCUGGAUAAGGUGCAGCUGAGGUGCAGAUGUCCAUUGCUCUGUUUUCUUUGGGAGUUUCUUUUUUAGAGCAGAAAAGCUAAUGCACAGGUUAUCAUGAUUUACGUGUCAAUAAAAGGAAGUUCAAAGUGCUGCAGGAAACAAAAAUCAGCAAGAGUUGUAUCACUACAGCAAAUGCUUCAAAAUUAAAAAAUGUUUCUUUUGGAAAGGA